CCAAGCACCCUCAUGGCUAACUUCAAUCAACUUGUACUGGCUACAGGACCGUCACCCUGGCAGGGACCUGGCAUGCCGUCUAUGCAGUCAUCAUUCGUUGAGUCGCUGUCAUUCAGGCAUAUGACUGGGUUCCAACCGCUGCCUUUGAAAACCGCGGAAUUGCUCUCUUUUAGCGCUGCGGCCCUUAUAACUGCCUACACGGAUGGUUAUAGACCACUCACAGCUCCAUGCCGGAGUGUCACCCAGGCAAAUCCAAACGAAUUGGUGUGCCAAAAUGGACGAUAUCAUGAUAUAGUGAUCAACCGUAAUAUGUACCUUGAAACCGACACCACCCGAUUCGACAAAUGGGGCAGUACGUUUGACAGGACUAUCAUAGUAGCGUACGACUCGGAUUGCACUAUGUCGACAAAGAUGUGUAUGUCUUUCAAAACCUAUGGCUUCACGGGCGGCUACGUCAUCUUUGACGUCCACUUCCAUUACCUGUGUUCAGCACCACCAGCAUUCGUAGAUCCCAAGGGUGACUUUGGCGUUGUGAAGUGGGCAAAAGUUAAUAUGCACAAGAACUACGCCGGGUUAGAAUGCGAGAAGCUCUGCUGAUAAGCUCAUGGGAAAAGAAUGUGAUUAUCAUUUGUAUGCGGAUUAUUGUUUACAUGGCCGUGAAGCAAUCUGCUGUGAUAUGAUGCAAUAUAUGAUAUUCCAACCAUGA